AUGACCCUUGUCUCGCCUCCCUUCAUUUAUUACAACUGUCUCUCUUCCUGUCAUUUAUUACAUCUGUCUAUUCACCCUUCAUUUAUUAUGCAUGUCUCCCCUCCCUUCAUUUAUUACACUUGUCUCCCCUCCCUUCAUUUAUUACACUUGUCUCCCCACCUUUCAUUUAUGACACUUGCCUCCCCUCCAUUUAUUACACUUGUCUCCCCUCCCUUCAUUUAUUACACUUGUCUCCCCUUCUUUCAUUUAUUACUCUUGUUCCCCUCCCUUCAUUUAUUACUCGUCUCCCCUCCCUUCAUUUAUUACACUUAUCUCCCCUCCCUUCAUUUAUUACACUUGUCUCCCCUCCCUUCAUUUAUUACUCGUCUCCCCUCCCUUCAUUAUGACCCUUGUCUCUCCUCCCUUCAUUUAUUACACCUGCUUCCCCAUCUUCAUUUACUACACCUGUCUCCCCCACUUUCAUUUAUUACACUUGUCUCAUCCCUUAAUUUAUUACACUUAAUUCCUCCCUUCAUUAUGACACUUCUCAAUCUUCUCUUCAUUUAUUACAACUGUCUCUCUUCCUGUCAUUUAUUACAUCCGUCUAUUCACCCUUCAUUUAUUAUACCUAUCUCCCCACUGUUCAUUUAUUACACUUGUCUCCUCCCUUCACUUAUUACCCUUUUCCCCUCCCUUCAUUCUGACACUUGUUUCACCUUCCUUCAUUUAUUACACUUGUCUCUCCUCCUUCUUAAUUACACUUAUUUCCUCUCCCUUCAUAAUGAAACUUUUUCCCCUCCCUUCAUUAUUACACUUGUCUCCUGGCUCCAUUUAUUACAUGUGUCUCUUUCCUUCCUUCAUUAUGACACUUGUCUUCUCCCUUCAUUAUGA